GACCUCAUAAUCCUUUAAGAUAAUCUAUUUUCCAUGCUCGGUUUAGAAUAAUUCUAGUGAUCUGAUAAACUAUGGUGCGAGCUAGUAAUUAUGCCAUAUUCCUCUCUAAUAGAUGAAGCAUGAGACAUAGUUGAGCGAUUAUUUAGGUGAUAUCUCCUGUCCUUCAGAAUCAAAGCUUCUGUGCUGAACUUAUCUCAAUCCUUCCUCGAUAUUCUUUCUCUAUGAGAUUCAGAAGAUCAUCUUGCCUCUUAUCGAAAUCCUUUUCCUGUGGAUAUGUACAGAGAAUUAUAAUACUUCAUGAAUUACAGGAAUAACAUUGAAUAUUAUUAAAAAGACUCUAAAUUAGUCCUAAUCAUUAUUCCAGAUUCCUAAAUCUUCAAUGUUUGUGAAUAAAUUCAGAUAGAUCAUAAAAUUAAGAGCAUCUAUUGAUCCAAGCAUAAAUAAUUCGAUUAUCAGAAAUAUUCGAAAAUGUAGUAAUCUUCAUUUGUCGCUUCCAAAGAUGGAAAACGCUGAUAAAAUUAACAUGCAAAAAACACCAAAAAUACCAAAAAACUUUGAUGACUCAGCAACAGCACCAACACCCCAAUUCACAUAUGCAGGUACAAAAAGACGCUAUACCCAAGCUAUAACAUACACUCACAACCCCGAUCUUGCUCCGACAAGUCUUCAAUCUCUCCACAAUCCUCGCUCAUCCCUAUAUCACAGUCCCAACGCCUUGGAACCCAUUUGGCCAUAGUUAUUUGUGUUUAAUGGAUCAGUAGGUUGUUAUUGCCAAUAGAAGGUUUCUGUGCGGUUUAAGUGUGUAAAUUCUUAGGUAAAAAUGAAAGAGUUUGAUAUUAUUAAAAGUUAUCGUUUCAGCAAUUUUUGGUAUUUUUUGAUUUCUUUCUUUUUGUUUCUUUUAUACAACCAUUUCUGGUAGCUUUUUGGAAGAAAUUUCUUUUAAUAGCCAAUAAAUUAUCAAUGAAAUUUGUUUCAGAAAAGAAGAAAUUCUUUCGAUCAUUUUUUAUCUUUCCUAAUUCAUUCUUUGGAAAAAGAAAGGUUCUAUUUCCUCCCUAUGACUGUAGCAAUGAAGCUGGAGGAUAAAGAGCUUUCAUAGUAUUUCUAAAAAUUUCUACAAUGUUUUAUAUAAAUCUAAAACUUCUAUAGCUUUGAGAAAAUAUUUUUCUUCCAUCAUUCGUAAAUUCACAUAAAUCUUCUAUGUUUCUCUUCUGGCUUUAGUUAUCCUUGCUCUAGUUAUUAAUCCUUCAAAAUCCAAUUCAACAUACCAAUCAUUCAUAUAUCUUCACCCACAAAUAUCCAACAUAACCUAUCUUCCCUAUCCCCUUCCCAAUCCUUUCGUUAGGUAUCUCUUAC